CGCGUGCGCAGUAGUGGAGCGAGGAGGAGUGUGUUUGUUAAGUUUGAGGGAAGUCGAGUCAGAGUGAGAAAAGUUUUAUUAGUUUCUAUUUAAUUAACAAAGAAAUAUUCUUUAUUUUCUGCUCAGAGACAGACAGAGAGACAGACAGGCAGAGAGAGAGACAGGUAAAGAGAGAGAGACAGAAACACACUGAAGGAGAGAGAAGCUCCGACAUCCAGUUGAAGACACCGGGAGGUCGCAGCGCUCCAAGCCGGGCCAAGGAGCGCGACCGCCGGCAUGAAGAUCGAGUUCGCCCCGCUGAACGUCCCGCUGCAGAGGAGACUGCAGACCGCCGCCACGCUGCAGUGGGUCUUCUCCUUCCUGGCUCUAGCUCAGUGCUGUCUUGCUGCCUUCGUCCUCCUGGCCCUCUCUGAUUGGUGGAUGGUGGCCCUGCUGUAUGCUGGUUGGCUAUGGUUGGACUGGGACACGCCCACCAGCGGGGGUCGGAGGUCACAGUGGGUCAGGACCUGGAGCGUCUGGGACUACUUCAGGGACUACUUCCCUCUAACGCUGGUUAAAACUGCCGAUCUGGAUCCAAAGAAAAACUACAUUUUUGGAUUUCAUCCACAUGGUGUGCUGGUAGCAGGGGGGUUUGGGAACUUCUGUACGGAGGCGACAGGUUUUUCUCGUCUGUUUCCUGGACUGAAGCCUCACCUGCUGAUGCUGCCGUUCUGGUUCAGAGUCCCGCUCUUCAGAGACUAUAUCAUGUGUGGAGGCCUGGUGUCGAGCUGUAAGUCCAGCCUGUCGUACCUGGUCAGUCGUCCUGAAGGAGGUAAUGUCGCUGUCAUUGCGGUGGGCGGAGCUCCGGAGGCUCUGGACGCUCGACCGGGAGCUUUAACACUACAGGUCCGAAACAGGAAAGGCUUCAUCAAACUGGCUCUCAAACACGGAGCUCAGCUGGUUCCAGUCUUUUCUUUUGGAGAGAACGAGUUGUUUGAUCAGAUGGAGAAUCCCACCGGCUCUCCUCUGAGGAAGCUGCAGAACCGGCUGCAGAGCAUCAUGGGAGUCGCGAUGCCUCUGUUCCACGCCAGAGGAGUUUUCCAGUACAGCUUCGGACUGAUGCCCUACAGGAAGCCCAUCCACACCGUCGUGGGGAAGCCGAUCUCGGUCGUCCAGACUCCGAGUCCCAGCAGUGAGGACAUCGAGUGUCUUCAUGAAGUUUACCUGCAGAGUCUGACUGAACUGUUCGAGCAGCACAAACACACCUACGGCCUCAACGAACACCAGCACCUGACCUUCAUAUGACCUUUAUACAAACACCUGACCUUCAUAUGACCUUUAUACAAACACCUGACCUUCAUAUGACCUUUAAAUAAACACCUGACCUACAUAUGACCUUUAUAUAAACACCUGACUGCCAUAUGACCUUUAUACAAACACCUGACCUUCAUAUGACCUUUAAAUAAACACCUGACCUUCAUAUGACCUUUAUACAAACACCUGACCGCCAUAUGACCUUUAUAUAAAUAAAUAUGACCUGUUUAUAACCUACAGGUCACCUACCUGAGCUGUUCCUGCUGUGAACGUUAAACUGUCAAACAGUCGGAUUUAAUUUUCUACUGAACAGCACCAUGCUAACACUACUUUGACAUCGAGCCCAUUGAUUUGACUGGGAAAUGCUAACACUGCUAGCAGAGCUCAUUAAUUUGAAUGGGAAUUGUUAUUACUGUUAGCAGAGCGCCUUGGUUUGACUGAAGAACGCUACCAUUGCUAGCAACUCCUAUGGAUGUAAAUGGAGCAUGCUAACAGUGCUAGCAGGGCUCAUUGGUUUGUAUAAGGAAUGCUAACAGUGCUAGCAGGGACUAUAGAUUUAAAUGGGGAAUGCUAACAGAGUUUUCACGGUGCGUUUAAGAGCGAUGUAAAGAUGAGUGUUUGUUCUGUGGAAUAAAGUGACAUCACUUGAUGAUGUAACAGAUGAUUGACAGGUGGGUCAUACAGAGGUCUGGUGUGACAUCACAGUGACAUUAAAAGAUCCGGAGGAGAUGGUGCAGUCUGA